AUGUUGAUUUCGCUGCUGUCAGAUUUGGAUCAAAGAAAUCUUGAGGCGAAUAUUCAGAAAUUUCUUGAAAACGCCCAAGAGCGUGCGUCGAAAAUGGAACUGGACAUCUGUCGGCAAAUCCGUGACAGGUUCACCAGUCGCUGCCCGUAUUGGCUGAAAGAAAUCGAUGGGUCCGUUUCCAAAGUCGAGGUCGCGGUGUCAAAAACCGAUGAGGAUAUCUCGUCGCUUCAGGCUAUGCUGGAAAUUCUGUCUGAUGAGAACUGUGCUCAAGUUUUGGAUAUUAAACGACAGAUCAACGAAAUCGAGGCUGAACUUAAAGAGUACGACACCUUGGCAUUGGUAGCAUCUCUGUUUGAGCGGCUGAGCGACCCUGUGAAAAUUGACUAUGUCCAGCAAGCGAAGCUGUUCAUUGCACUGGAGGGGGCCUAUCAGACGAUCUGUUCGUGCUUCAAGCCAUUCGAAAGCAACAUGGCGGUCGACGAAGAAUCAGCACCGAAGCCGAAAGUAGACCGGAAGACAUUAGACGCACUGAAGGAUGAGAUCACGUGGAAAAAGGAACCGCUCAUUUUAAACCUGUACCGACUGUGGGGCGAUGCGUUUCGUUGGGAACGCGAAAGCAGCGUUUACUCGGUAAUCCUGCGAAUCAAAUUCACAAAUCGGCGAGCAUUCCAGAGCUGCCUAGAAGCUCUUACUCUGCUCGACCUGUUGAAACCUAAACUCGAAGAGUUGGCGAUCCCGUUCCGGUCUGAAAUCUUGGACGUCAUCAAACGCCGUCAGUGCGCCGAUAUCAUUUUGGACUGCCAAGCUGAUGAUCAAAUGAUCGUCAGCGUAAGGACGAUACCGAAUGACCAAAUAGAUUCUGUUUCUUUUGAUUCCUUUUCGUUGUUAGACAAAAUAUCAGCACUGUUCGACAGAUUGUCUAUGUUAUUAAACUUCACAGUCAGAAAAGGGGACGACGGUGGCGAAACGGGGCACGUUGCAGAAAGCCUGUUUAGUAUGUUUGGACGGUUAAUUGGCGAAGAAUUGUUGUAUACUAUCAGAGAUGCAUGCCUGCUACCUUCGGUACCGCGAAACGAACUUGAAACAACAUCGUUCGACGAACUGGUCAAAAAGUGCAUUGAGUUGCAAACCAAGCUGCUAGCUUGGAAAUGUAUUCCGGAGAACGUCGAAAUAGUCGACUGUCUGUUAGCCAAUAAAGAAAAACUAAUAUUGAACAGGAAGUGUGAGGGUCUGUUGACUGAUGCUCGAGCCCUCAUCAUCUCUGACCUGAAAAACGAAGUCGAAGUCGAGGUUGGCACUGAUCGUUUCUCCUUUGACCUUGCACAAAUCAACUUUCAAAAAUUCUUCGACAUGGUCGAUCCCAGAGACGAUAAUGAUAGUGCGGAGACUGUCUCUACCAACGGUGAUGAAUCGGACAACAGCGGUAUCAUUUCUCUGCCUCUCGAGCCGAAUAUUCGAAGGGGUUUUGCGACUAUGUUUCACUUUCCCAAGUGCCGCGUGAGUGAAUCUGCGACGAAGUUCAUGAAUCUGUUAAAAAGUGCCCUUGACGAAGCGGUGAAAUGCAACGACAUCUCGAAGGCGAAGGAAAUUGUUCAGACUACCCGUGAUAUGCUUUAUCUUUACCUGUUUUUGGCUCCAUUUUACCAUAGGCAGCAUAUGAACGGGCAAGCAAAAUUAACUGGUAUACACUAUCGUUUUGCUAUGUUAAUUUAUAUAUUCUCUAAGAAUCACUUAUUAAUUAAUUCAUUUGAUAUACGUAUUUUUUGUUGUACAUUGCCUAUGUUCUUGUGCUAAGG